AUGGUCUGGCCAUUCUCUUCAAGCAAAUCGGCGGAUGCCUCCUCCUCGUCUGCGCCCGUGCAGCAGCCUGCAUUUGAGGCCGUUGCACCUACUCCCGCUCAAACGCAAACACCAUCCUCGGAUAGUCCCACCGACUAUCUUCGCAGCCACGCUUUCCAGCAGCCCUCUUCGCCAUCACCAUCCACACCAUCCUCGCCUGCCGCGGCUGAAUAUGUCCCCAAUGCAGCUUCCCUUCUUGGCGACUCGUCACUUGACCUUGGCGCGCUCGGCCCUCUCGCCGGCAUCGGUAAGGAUGAUCUUGAAUAUCUCGACUUGACCGAUGGUGCCCCUUCGAGCAUGGAAGGCGCACGAACCGCUGUUCCCUCCCGAGGCUGGUCCGACGACCUCUGCUACGGCACUGGCACCACCUACCUUUCUGGCCUCGCCAUCGGUGGACUGCUCGGUGCCAGGGAAGGUUUGUUCCGUCCGCUCGGCGUCGAUCACCCCACUUUCCGUCUGCGUCUCAACGCCGUGCUCAACCAGGUCACCCGUCGAGGCGCCUUCUUUGGCAACUCGGCCGGCGUUGUGGCUCUCAUUUACAACCUCGUCGACGCCUCCAUCGACGGCUUGCGUGGCAAGCACGACAUCUACGGCGCCGUCGCUGCAGGCGGUGUCUCGGGCGCUCUCUUCAAGUGCACUGCCGGUGUUCGUCCCAUGGCUGUUGCCAGCGCCAUCAUGAUGGGUGCUGCUGCCACUUGGACCACUGCCAAGCAGUCGCUCCUCUGA